CUUUGCAACAGUCAUUUAUACAACAACCAGUGGCUUCACAACAACCCCGAUAUUCGCAAUAUCAACCAGCGUUACAGCAACAAGUGUCGACACAACCGAUAGCGCCAUCUACCAUCUACCCAAGAA